CUUUUGUUAUUAAGGGACUGUUGUUUCAUUUUAAAUAUACAGUUCACUGGAUAGUGGAUACCAUCCAUUUGAAAAUAAUUCGUUUCGUAAAUAUUUAUUUACGGAUAAACUCCAUACUGCAAAAAAGGUUAGCUUCAUAUUUUACUAAGGAGAAGGCCACGUGCGGAUUUAGUAGGCUUAAAGCCACGUAGUUUUAAAAUACCUUGACAACUUAAAAAGAAGAAAAUCCAACCAAUAACAUAACCUCAAAAAUACAAAUAUUUUUACCAGUAAAAAUUAAAAUGUCCUAUAUUCGGGGUCCAGAUUUAUCAGACAGCGAUGAUGAUGAUGGUUAUGUUUCUUAUAGCCAAGCACCAAAAUUUACAUAUAAACAAGUUAUAAAAGAACUAACUCCUGAAGAAAAGCUAAAUCAAAAGAAACAUCAACUUUACAAUGCUAUUUGUACUGGAAAAGUGGAUACUGUAACACAAAUCAUUGAUGAAGGAUUAAAUGUGAACAUAAAUUUACAAUCAAAUUGGACACCAUUACUUUUAGCUGUUUCUGUAGGAAAUGCCCAACUUAGCGAGUUGCUGUUAAAAACAGGAGCAGAUUCCAAUUCAACUAGAGAUGGUUGUACAGCUUUAAUGAUGGCCUGUAGCUGUCCUAAAGAGACCUCGCCUUAUUCAGAAUCCUUAAAAGUUAUAAAAAACUUGGUCGGAAAAGGGGCAAAUGUUAAAGCAACGAACAGAAAACGAAUGACAGCACUAAUGUUUGCAGCUGAUACAGGUAAUCUUCCAGCAGUAAAAUAUUUAUUACCACUAAGUGAUAAAAAUGCUGAAGAUAACCAAAGAUGGACAGCAUUAUUUUGGGCAGUUAACAAUAAUGAGGUAGACGUUUUUAAAUAUUUACUUGAAGAAGAUUUAGAAUUUACCACUCCAGAUGUAAGAGGAAAUACACCACUAGAUAUUGCUAAAAGUAAUGAUUUUACAGAAAUAGUAGAUCUACUUUCAAAUGAAGAAAAUGAUGAAAUAUUUCAUGUAAUGGAUGCAAAUGUUCUCUCCUUUGAAGAAAUGUUUGCUUUAGCAAGAGAAGGUGAACAACCCGCAUUUUUUGUAGACAUUUGUGAUAUGUUAUGUGGUAUGAAAAGUGAAUCCAUGAUAAAAACAUUUGCAGAUAAAAAUAUUACUCUAAAACAGUUUUUAUCUACUUCUGAUGAGGAAUUAAAAGAAAUGGGUGUUACAAUGCCUUAUCAAAGAUAUCGAAUUUUAGGGGGCAUACAUAAAUUUCACAAAUACCCUUAUCAUCCAAAAUCUUUACAUGUAGUGCCUUUAAAUGAAACAUAUAGCAACAUAGAUGUGGGUAUUCAAAUUUUAUCUGCAAUUAAACAGAUUAGUGUCAUGGAAGCAGGGUUAAAUUACAUAAUGAAACAUUGUGAUAUGGAGGACAUUACUCAAGAAGAAUUAGUUUCAAUGAGAAAGAAUACUGACAGUAUUAAAAAGAAGAUAAGAUUGUGUAGUAGAGUUGCCAAGAAAUUACAUGAAAAAAUUAAAAUUUGGGAUAAGCAAAUUGGUCCUACAGAUUUAAUAACUAAGGAUUCUAAGAAAUACAGGUGGCCUUGGAGGAAGAUAGUUUUUUCUCUUACUAUUAUUACUAUUGUUACAAUUUUUAAAACAAGAAAAUGAUUUUUAAACAAAAACUGUUUGUUAAUAUUUAUAACAUAAGUUUAUUUUCAAUAUAUUGACACUAUAUGUAGUUCAAAUAUAAGACCUAAAAAUGUUUUUCGAUAUUGUAUAUUUUUAUAUUGGUUUACUUCAUUGGUAUAAAUUCCUUUCUAAUUUCUUGACUUUAUUGAUCUUAUUCUUUAGGUUAGUUCUCUAAUAAAAUAAUUUUCUAUUUUUUUCCACAG